UGGGGCGGAGAACGGGGGUGGGUGCCGGCUCUUUAUCUUCCUCCGCAGCCCGGCUGGCGGCGUUGCGGACCCGCGUAGGGACAGCGUUCCGCAGCGACCCUCCCGCGGCUGACCUACCGCCCCGACCGCCGCAGCUGCCCUUGAGCCGCAGGCAGCUCGAUGGUGGGAGAAGAAAAGAUGUCACUAAGAAACCGGCUGCUAAAAUCUGGUGAAAAUCCCGAGCAAGAUGAAGCCCAGAGAAAUCUCUUGGAAACCCAGAGAAAUGGUCGCAUUACCAUGAAACAGUUGAUAGCGAAGAAGAGGCAGUUGGCAGCAGAAGCAGAGGAACUGAAGCCACUGUUUCUGAAGGAAGUUGGUUGUCACUUUGAUGAUUUUGUGACCAAUCUUAUUGAAAAGUCUGCAUCUCUGGACAAUGGUGGGUGUGCUCUUACAACCUUCUCCAUUCUUGAAGAAAUGAAAAACAACCACAGAGCCAAAGAUCUGAGAGCACCUCCAGAACAAGGGAAGAUCUUUAUUGCAAGGCGGUCUCUGUUAGAUGAACUGUUUGAAGUGGACCACAUCAGAACAAUCUACCACAUGUUCAUUGCUCUCCUCAUCCUCUUCAUCCUCAGCACGCUCGUGGUAGAUUACAUUGAUGAAGGAAGGCUGGUACUUGAGUUCAAUCUCCUGGCCUACGCCUUUGGCAAACUGCCUACUGUUAUUUGGACUUGGUGGUCCAUGUUCCUGUCUACACUCUCAAUCCCCUAUUUCCUGUUCCAACAUUGGGCCCAUGGCUACAGCAAGAGUUCUCAUCCACUGAUCUAUUCCCUUGUCCACGGCUUUUUCUUCUUAGUCUUUCAGCUCGGAAUCCUAGGUUUUAUCCCAACAUAUGUUGUGCUAGCGUAUACACUGCCUCCAGCCUCCCGGUUCAUUGUUAUACUUGAGCAGAUCCGUUUGGUAAUGAAGGCCCACUCGUUCGUCAGAGAGAAUGUGCCGAGAGUACUCAAUGCAGCCAAGGAGAAAUCAAGCACAGUUCCAGUACCCACAGUCAACCAGUACCUGUACUUCCUGUUUGCUCCUACACUUAUUUACCGCGACAGCUAUCCGAGGACUCCUACUGUAAGAUGGGGUUACGUUGCUAUGCAGUUUUUACAGGUUUUUGGCUGCCUGUUUUAUGUAUACUACAUCUUUGAGAGACUCUGUGCCCCAUUGUUCCGGAAUAUUAAACAGGAGCCCUUCAGCGCUCGUGUUCUGGUCCUGUGUGUAUUUAACUCCAUCUUGCCAGGGGUGCUGAUGCUGUUCCUUACGUUUUUUGCCUUUUUGCACUGCUGGCUCAAUGCCUUUGCUGAGAUGUUACGCUUUGGUGACAGGAUGUUUUAUAAGGACUGGUGGAACUCUACGUCAUACUCCAACUACUACAGGACCUGGAAUGUGGUGGUCCAUGACUGGCUCUACUACUAUGCAUACAAGGACCUGCUCUGGUUUUUCUCGAAGAGGUUCAAGUCUGCCGCCAUGUUGGCUGUCUUCGCCUUGUCUGCGGUCGUGCAUGAAUACGCCCUCGCUGUCUGCUUGAGCUAUUUCUACCCAGUGCUCUUUGUCCUCUUCAUGUUCUUUGGAAUGGCUUUUAACUUCAUUGUCAAUGACAGCCGGAAAAGGCCGAUCUGGAACAUUAUGGUAUGGGCUUCUCUUUUCCUGGGCCAUGGAGUCAUCCUGUGCUUCUAUUCUCAAGAAUGGUAUGCCCGCCAGCACUGUCCUCUGAAGAAUCCCACAUUUCUGGAUUAUGUCCGGCCACGUUCCUGGACUUGUCGGUACGUGUUUUAGAAGCCUGGACUCUGCCUCCGUUCUUGCCAAUGAGGAAUGGAUAUUCUUCCUGAUCCCCGGCCAGUUGUCGUCAGCGGUCACUGCGUAUUUCUAUCCACGUUGUUUGGACCGCUCCAGCCUCUCCUGUUGACCGACCUGAAACUGGCCUUGAGUCACUUCAUGGUUUUUUUUUUUUUUGGUUUAUUUCGUUUUGGGGAGAAGGAGGACCAAUAGCUGAGGUCAUGGCGGGUUUUUGCGGGGUUAUGUCAGCUCAGGCUUUGGUAGUUUUAUCUGUUUAUUUCCUUGAUUCUGUCCAACCAGAGACUAAACACAUCUUGGCCAUGAAUUAGCCAAAAACACUUAGGAAGAAAUCAUUUCAGUGCCUCUGGCUUUGAAGUUUUUUUUCUAUCAUACACACUAUUAGGAGGUCAGCUAGUUAACUGUGCAAUUGGGAAGAAAUAAAUGUUAUUUCUAAUAGAAAGAGAGAAAAUACCUAUUUCCCAAAGAUAAUCUUGAUAUGCUUUCUGCUCACAUCUUUUGUUGCUUUUGGCUUUGCUUUGUCUCUGUGCUGGGAAUAGAAUCCAGGGCCUUGCCCAGGGCAGCACACUGAGCCACACCCCAGCCCCCAUGUUGUAUUUUUCUGAAAGUUCUGGUCUACUCUUUUUUUUUUUUUUUUUUCUGUAUAAACUGUGAUUUUGUUUUUGAAAAAAUUAGCAGUCUUUCACCUUCAAUGCUGGUACAAAUUUAAGGGUCCAAAGUAUAAAGGGAAAAUAUAUUUCCUUUCAAAACUUGAGAAGUCAUUUUAAAACAGAUUCAAUGAGCUGGCCAUAUGUUUUAUUUAUGCUUUCAGAAGUUCUGUAGGAGAUUUUAUUGAUGUUGUUUUUUUUCUUUCCUUCCUUCUUCCUUCCUUCCUUCCUUCCUUCCUUCCUUCCUUCCUUCCUUCCUUCCUUUCUUUCUUUCUUUCUUUCUUUCUUUCUUUCUUUCUUUCUUUCUUUCUUUCUUUUUAGAGGUAAGGUCUUGCUAUAUAGCCCAGGUUAGUCUUGAAUUUGCUAUGUAGCCCAGGCUGGUCUUGAACUUACUCUGUAGCCUAGCUGACCUUGAAUCCCUGUCCUCCUGCUCCCAAGUGCUAGGAUCGAAGAAGAUACCACCAUGCCUGAAGAUUUUUCUUUAACUGUUAAGUUGUUUAGAAGUAUUCUUUUGGUACAGUUGCUUUCUUGUCUAAUAACUAGGAACUUUCCUUGUUGUAUAGACUAAUGAGUCCAUAAUGGAAGUAUUAAUCUCUCUAUUAAUACUAAAUGUCUACUAAGGAUCCAGAAGCUGGCUUCUGAAACAUCUGUCCCAUCAUUAUACUUUAACAGUAUAUUUUUAGAUUAAAUAAAUUGCUGUAUGAUCAUUUGUAAGGACA